GUUUUUGCCAAAAGAGAGCAUGUCAAUCUGGCAGCUCGGUGCGCCCACCUAGUGCGCCUGUCGAGCGGUACGGCGUUCCUGCGAUACAUUUCUGACCACAUGUUGCCGUAGCACCGAAGGAUGAGGCUCAUUUUGCUCGCGCUGCUGCUGCAGCCAUCACAGCUCUUCAGGCCGCCGCCGCGACAGCUCUCGCGGUCGAGGCUCCGGGCCGUGCCAGACGAAGCACCCGGAACAGUGCUCGGCAGCGCCGCCCUCGUGGCCGGCACGACUGUUGGCGCGGGCAUCCUCGCCUUACCGGCGAAGACGCUGGCCGCGGGCCUGGCUCCGACCGCGACUCUGUUGAUCGGCGGCUGGUUAUUUAUGGCUGCCACCGGCUUGCUCAUCGCGGAGGUUGAUCUGAACACUGCGUGUGUGCUCGAUCGGGACGCGGUGUCCAUUAAUUCGAUGGCCGAGGAGACGUUGGGUGACGCGGGCGCGACGGCGGCGUCGGCCGUGUUUUUGUUUCUGCACUACUGCCUGCUCACGGCAUAUGUCGUGCAAGGGGGUCAACUCCUCGGCGAGGCACUUGGUGGUACGGAUACGCUGGCGGCGGCGCCCGCGUUCGCCGCCUCGAUAGGCGCGCCUGCCGCAUUGCUCCCGCCGGCGACGGUGGAACGCCUCAACACGGUGCUUACCGCGGGCGUCGUCGCCUCGUUCUGCUACAUCGUCGCCGGUGGCAUCUCACGCGUCGAUCCCGAGUUGCUUACGCGCGCGGACUGGUCCGCCAUCGCUCCAGCUCUCCCUGUGAUUCCCGUUGUUUAUGUGUACCAGACGGUCGUGCCGACACUAUGCUAUCGCCUCCAGUGCGACCUGGGAGCGGUGCGGCGGGCCGUUCUCGUGGGAUUGACGAUUCCACUAUGCAUGUUCCUGGCGUGGUCGGUGGUGGUCCUCGGUUCGACGCCGUAUGUGGCCGGCGAGUCGAUUGAUCCGAUGGCCCUCGCGCGGGCGUCGGGCGACGACUUCGGCACCGCCAUUUUGUACUUUAGCCUUCUUGCUGUCGGAACGUCUUUGCUGGGCUUCGCCACAGGGUUGGUGGAUUUUUUCGGUGAUCUGGAAGGGCUAGAAGGUGACAACCGCCCACCGUACCUCUGGGCCGCCGCGUUGGCACCGCCCGCGGCGAUAGCUGCUGUUUUCGGCAACCCGUCGCUCUUUUUCGCCGCCGUCGACCUCGCCGGCGUGUACGGUAUCCUUGUGUUGUUUGGAGUCGUCCCGGCGCUGAUGGCGUGGGGCUCGCGCUACGGCGCCGCGGCGCUUGACGCCGACGAGGCGGUGCCGGAGGCGGUCCCCGGUGGGCGCGCGAGUCUCGGCGCGAUCGCUGGUUUCGCGACGGCGAUCAUCGGGCUCGAGACGUAUGGGAGGCUAGGGGUUGGGUAAUAGAGAGAGAGAG